CGUCCUUUCCGCGGCGCGAUGCUGCCCACCACCUCCGUGGGGGCCCGCAGUCAGGGCAACGGCGCGCUCAGCCCCCGCGAUGCGGCGCGGCACACGGCCGGCGCCAAACGGCACAAGUACCUGCGGCGACUGCUGCACGUGCGGCAGAUGGACUUCGAGUUCGCUCUGUGGCAGAUGCUGUACCUGUUCACCUCCCCGCAGCGGGUCUACAGGAACUUCCACUACCGGAAGCAGACCAAGGACCAGUGGGCGCGGGACGACCCCGCCUUCCUGGUGCUCCUCAGCGUGUGGCUCUGCGUGUCUACUGUAGGAUUUGGAUUUGUGCUGGACAUGGGGUUUUUUGAAACAAUAAAGUUGCUGCUUUGGGUUGUAUUCAUAGACUGCGUAGGUGUUGGUCUCCUGAUAGCAACACUGAUGUGGUUCAUUUCUAACAAGUACUUGGUAAAGCAGCAGAACAGAGACUAUGAUGUGGAGUGGGGAUAUGCCUUUGACGUUCAUCUGAAUGCUUUCUAUCCACUCCUGGUCAUUUUGCAUUUUAUCCAGCUGUUUUUCAUCAACUAUGUCAUCAUACCUAAUUCAGUCAUUGGAUAUUUUGUUGGGAACACAUUAUGGCUGAUUGCAAUUGGCUAUUAUAUCUAUGUGACAUUCCUUGGAUACAGCGCAUUGCCCUUUCUGAAGAACACAGCUAUCCUUCUGUAUCCGUUUGCUCUCCUCAUUGUGCUCUAUUUGAUCUCAUUAGCAUGCGGAUGGAACUUCACCAAGAUGCUUUGUUCCUUUUAUAAGUACAGAGUGAAAUAAAAACAGGACUUCAUUUA